AUGGUUUUCAAAUGGCUCACUCUCUCACUGAUAAGUAUCGUUGCGGCCCAAUAUUUCCCUCCCACGCCGGAGGGUCUGAAGAUUGUCCACUCCAAGCACGAGGAAGGCGUCAAGAUUUCCUACAAAGAGCCAGGUAUUUGUGAAACUACACCAGGCGUUAGAUCAUAUUCGGGCUACGUCCAUCUCCCCCCAGGAACUCUGGAAGAUGUGAAUAUCGAGCAGAAAUACCCCAUUAACACUUUCUUCUGGUUUUUCGAAGCUCGCCAUAAUCCGAAGAAUGCCCCGCUGUCCAUCUGGAUGAACGGUGGACCCGGUAGUUCGUCCCUUAUCGGUCUCAUGCAGGAGAAUGGCCCGUGCCUGGUAAAUGCAGAUUCCAACUCGACCGAGCUUAAUCCCUGGUCAUGGAAUAACUACGUCAAUAUGCUGUACAUCGACCAGCCUAACCAGGUUGGAUUUAGCUACGAUGUUGCUACAAACGGUACCUUCGAUCAGCUUGGCGCCGGGUGGAAUGUAUCAAAGUGGGAGCAUGGCGUGCCUGUCCAGAACAACACUUUCUACGUCGGCACGACUACAAGCCAAAAUGCGCAAGCAUCCGCCAACGGCACGGAAAAUGCAGCCCGUUCGCUUUGGCACUUUGCGCAGACUUGGUUUACCGAAUUCCCUCAUUAUAAACCACACGAUGAUCGCGUGAGCAUCUGGACAGAGUCUUACGGUGGACGCUAUGGCCCAGCCUUUGCUGCGUUCUUUCAAGAGCAGAACGGGAAGAUUGAGAAUGGUACUAUCGCCGCUGCUAGCGAACCCCAUUACAUUCACCUGGAUACCCUGGGAAUCAUCAACGGCUGUGUCGACCUCCUCGUACAGGAGCCAACAUACCCCAAGAUGGCAUACAACAAUACCUACGACAUCGAGACAAUCAAUAAGACCGUCUACGAAAAUGCCAUGGAAGCAUGGAGUCGCCCGGGCGGAUGCAAAGAUUUAAUCACGAGCUGCCGUGCAUUGGCAGCCGAGGGCGACCCCCACAUGCACGGCAAUAACGAGACCGUGAACAAAGCAUGCCACAAGGCCGAUAGUUUCUGCAGUAAUCAGGUUGAAGGGGCUUACGUCACGUAUUCAGGGCGUGGCUACUACGACAUUACGCACAAGGACCCAGAUCCAUUCCCACCGUCUUACUUCCUGGGAUACCUCAACCAGAACUGGGUUCAGGGGGGCCCUGGGCGUGACUAUCCUCGCUCAGACGUGCACGGCUAUAUUGAUGACAUUGCGUAUGUACUUGAUUCUGGAAUCAAGGUCGCUCUCGUCUACGGCGACCGCGACUACGCAUGCAACUGGAUCGGUGGUGAGGAUGUGAGUUUACUUGUGAAUCACAAGGAGGCAGAUGCUUUCCGUAAUGCGGGAUACACACCACUUCGGACGAACAAGACAUAUGUCGGUGGCCAGGUUCGUCAACAAGGCAACUUCUCGUUCACUCGAGUCUUUGAAGCUGGUCAUGAGGUCCCUGCGUACCAGCCAGAGACUGCGUAUCAUAUCUUCUACCGUGCCCUGUUCAACCGGGACUUGGCUACUGGCAAGGUAGAUACCACUCGCAAUACCUCGUACUCUACAACUGGCCCGAAUUCAACUUGGAACAUCAAGAAUGAGGUGCCAGAGAACCCGAGUCCGUUGUGCUAUAUUCUCGCCUUGGAAGCGACCUGCACGGAUGAUCAGAUUGCCCGUGUGGCUAACGGCACGGCGGUUAUCAAGGACUGGAUUGUCAUAGAUGAGGCGUCGCGGUAG